AUGUUCAGACUCACAACAUUAACGGGACUCCUCCUUGCCGCUGCACAGUUGGCUGGUGCAGAGAGUCCAUCCGUGGCCUUGCGCUAUUCUACAGUUGUUGGUUCCAGCAGUAAUGGAAUCGACAGCUUUAGAGGCAUACCUUUCGCGCAACCGCCAGUAGGAUCGCUACGGUUGAAGCCACCACAACCCAUAACUUCUACUUUGGGCGAGGUGCAAGCAACUACUACUCCGAAAGCAUGCCCCCAAUUUUCUUCACAGUACACUCCCAGCGGCCUACCGUCAGCAAUAUUGAACAUCAUCACGAAUAUAACGAAUGUGAUACAAAACCAAGACGAAGAUUGCCUGACACUGAAUGUCCAGAGGCCCUCGUAUGCUCCAAGCGGUUCCAAGCUUCCCGUAGUAUUUUUCAUUUAUGGAGGAGCUUUUGAAUCUGGAGCAACACAGGGAGUUGACUCCACAAAUCUGAUCAAAGCCUCAAUUGCUUCCGGUACACCGAUCAUUUUCGUGGCGGCAAAUUAUCGAUUAGGGGGUUUCGGUUUCCUCGCUGGCAAAGAGCUCCUCGACGAUGGAAGCACGAACCUAGGUCUAUUGGACCAGCGACUGGCCUUGCAGUGGGUCGCUGAUAAUAUUGAGCAAUUUGGUGGCGAUCCCGAUAAAGUGACACUUUGGGGAUUCUCUGCAGGCUCUAUGAGUGUCUUUGAUCAGACGGCGCUCUUUGGAGGCAACUACUCUUAUCACGGAAAGCCCCUUUUUAGAGCAGCAUUGAUGGAGAGCGGUAGCAUCCUCCCUGCGGAGCCUGCCAAUUCUACAAAAGCUCAAAUCGUUUAUGACAAGGUCGUUGACAGCGCCGGGUGCUCGACAUCCAACGAUACUCUCGCAUGUUUGAGGUCUCUAGACUUUAACACCUUCCUAUUAGCGACAGAAUCUGUUCCCAUCUCAAGCAGUUACAAUUCCAUCGCUUUGUCAUACCUACCACGGCCAGAUGGAACAACCCUCCCCGAUUCACCAGACAUCUUGGCUUCAAGAGGCCAAUUUGCCAAAGUCCCCCUGUUGCUAGGCGACCAGGAAGAUGAAGGAACUCUUUUCUCGGUUUACCAAUUGAAUCUUACUAGCACACAAGACCUUGAAGAAUAUCUUGGCAGCCUCUACUUCCAGCAAGCCACUGCGUCUCAAGUCCAAGAUCUGGUGGCCACCUAUCCAGACGAUCCCUCGGCUGGUUCGCCUUUCAGAACAGGGCCGCUGAAUAACAUCUAUCCAGAAUACAAACGACUGGCCGCUAUACUUGGUGACUUUAUUUUCACGCUUCAAAGGCGCAGUCUUCUUGAGAUAGUAGACCAGAUAGCCCCAUCAGUACCAACAUGGUCCUUUCUUGCGUCUUACUUAUACGGGACGCCUUUUUUGGGAACUUUCCACACAACCUCACAAAUCGCUGCAUUUGGGGUGCUUCCAGGCUAUGCUGCCGCCGUUACCCAAGAAUUUUACAUCUCUUUUUUCAACACGAUGAACCCAAAUAGCAAUGUCUCAGCACUGCUCCCCAUAUGGCCAUGCUGGGGAUCUGGAAAACAGGUGAUGCAACUUGGUGCAACUUCUUCAUCUUUGUUAAAUGACAGCUUCCGAUCGGCGUCCUUUAAUUUCAUCAGAUCAAACUCCCAAGUACUACAUAUUUAG